AUGAAGCUGUCAUACUCAAUCGUUUCUAUCCUAUCCUUGUCAGCUCAGUUGACUUCUGCAGAACUAAAAUGUCGCCCAGAAGGCCCUGUUCUCCCAAGACCAACAGCUCUCACCAAGUCGCCAAUCUUCCAAGCUGCAGCCACCAACUUGACCGAAACUCUCAACGCAGCUCUCUCUGGCUCAAUCACUGCAGGGUGGCCCAUAGGCAAUGUCUCCUUCUCACUUGCAGUCGUAAGCGGAGAUCAAUGCGACCUUGGUGUGCCGAUAUGGGAGUACCAUCACCUCGCAGCCGCCAACACAAAGGGCACAAAGAACUUGGACAGAGAUUCUCAGUAUCUUAUUGGAUCCAUAACGAAAGUAUUUACGGACUAUGUGCUUUUGAAGAGCGGUAUGGAUCUUGAUGCGCCGGUUACGGAGUAUCUUCCGGGACUUGAUGGGAAGUCCAAGAUUCAGUGGAGGGAUGUGACUUUGAGGAUGUUGGCUUCGUACUUGGGCGGUACACCGGCGAACUAUGGGUUCUCGGACUUUUACCUCCUCAAAGAAGUCUUCCUCGCAUACGGUCUUCCCGCCAUUGAAGAUAACGACUAUCCACCAUGUGGUGUUACAGGUCUCAACAAGGGUUGUACAGGGCAAGAGUCAGAGAUCUUGUCAGGAAUGAGAGAGUCUUACCCGCAGACUGCUCCCAACGAGAGACCGGCAUACUCCAACAUGGCCUUUGUCCUUCUCGGCAUGGCUCUUGAGGAGUAUACUGGGAAGACCUACGCACAGUUGAUUGAAGAAAUUGUUUCAGAUCCCCUCGGUAUGAUCAACACUUUUCCUUCGCCUGGCGAUGAUGAUCAGGCAGUAAUUCCGCCCGGGGACAGCAGCUGGGGCUCAGACUACAAAUUGAACACCCCUGCAGGUGGAUUAGUCUCCUCUCUCUCUGAUCUCUCCAAAUUCUCACAUGCACUGCUCUCACGAACCCUGAACAUGACUUCAACCGAGAUCAACGGCUGGCUCAAGCCCAGUGCCUUUGCAGGCAAUGCAUACACAUUGACUGGCAUGCCUUGGGAAAUACUACGUGUAUCUAACCUCACACCAGAGCAUCCUCAUGCUGUCACUGUCUACGGUAAGAGUGGCGGUGCGCAGAACUACAGAAGUCAACUUAGUUUUAUUGAUGACUACUGUCUGGCGAUCGUCAUAUUGACUGCCGGUCCAAUGAAGACAGUGCCUAUUCUUACGAAUGCUAUGCUUUCGACUUUUGUUUCCGCUGCGGAUGAAGUAUCGCGUGAGCAAGCAAAGAGAUACGAGCAGAGGUACAUGAGCGAUCACGAGGAUGUUCCAAUGGAGGCAUUACUGGAGCAGGACGAUGAUUCAAUGAUCCUGACGUCACUUCAUCGCAACGGUACAGACAUCAUGUCUAGUCUCAGAGAUAUAUGGGAUCUUACAUUGGGCGAUUUUCUUCCAAAAGUUGGGCCUAAGAUCCGAGUGUUUCCCAGCCAACUUCGUGAGAAUGCAACCUUAGAUGGGGAGUCUGUUGUGAAGGAGGUAUGGCAUUUGUGGCCUGACCUCAACUGGGGAUUUGAAACGGAUCUUCCUGGAAAUUGGAUUGAAGGGAUGGAUUGCGUCGGGUGGUCGAUUCAGGAUUGGAUUCAUUAUGGUGGUGAGCCUCUAGAUAGAGUGUUGCUGUACGUUGGUGACGAUGGAGACGUGAGAGGGUUUGAGGUGCCUUUCUUGCGAUCAGGAAUUCUGCUACCAACCCAACCAAACAGAGACUAA